AUGUCAGUUCUCUUCCUUGGUUUUCAAUUUUCAUUCUUCUUAUUUUUCACUUUGAUGAUUAAAACAUCUGUGACUGGCACCAGUAGCAGCAUCAGCAGCAGUAACAACGAUUACUUAAACAUACUGAAUAACGACAUUUUCGUUUACUUUCUCAGAUUAAAAGAUCAUUUUGAAGAAAAUUCGCUUUUAAUAUUAUUCGCUCAAGUAAAACUAGAGAACAAUCAUUUAGUGUUCAAAGACCUUAACAUGAGUCGGAAAAGUCUUCAUAAUGAACUACAUAGUCAUCGUCAAAUGACUCAUCAACAAUUGAGAUGA